AUGGCACCUGGCUUUUCUCUCCUCGGGCUCUUGAUGGUAGUGGUGGUGUUCCUACCGGGAGCCUACGCCCCCGACUAUAAGACGUUCCUAAGGCAACACUACAAUAAUCCCAAGAGCAACGUCGGGAACCGUUACUGCGAUACCAUGAUGCAAAGGCGUGGCAUGACCAAACCAAACUGCAAGGCUGUGAACUCCUUCGUCCAUGCCUCCAAGAAGCAACUCAGAGCUGUGUGUGCCAAAGGAGGGAAACCCUACGGCGCUGGGCUGCGGCGUAGUAAUAGCAAGUUCUCCGUCACCACCUGCAAACACACCGGUGGUUCCACCCGCCCGCCUUGUAAGUACAGGCAGAACAAUUCGCAAAGAUACAUCGUUGUCCGUUGUGCCGGCGGAUUCCCUGUUCACUAUGAUGAAGGUCAUAUUUAA